CCCGCCCUCUAGUCGCCAUUUCUCAACCUCACUAUCUAGUGGGUAGACGAGAAGGCUGAAGCCGCCUGAUACUAACUCGGAGAAACAAAAUUCAGCGGAGAAGGCCGUGCUUAGGUCGCUUUUUCGGGGUCAAAGACGCGCGUACGCAGCGGGUGAUACUUUCACGGUGGAAAACUUUUUGAUAUUUUAAGGAAAUAGCUACUUAACUUGUGAAUUCAUUUGUGUGUAUGUGUGAAGACGUGUUGCAGGCCGCCAUUUUUGUUACAGCUAGCUAACGUUACUGAAGUCUGUCGGGAGUCUUGAUUAGCCGCGUUAGCCGGAGCAGAAGCGUAACAAACCGCUCUUUUGUGCCUUUUUUCGUGAAAUUUCCGCAAGGACUUAAUAAAUGGAAGCGUCUGCCUUGUAUCGCUCGGUACCGUGAUGUAGACUGGCUUUUAUUCAAAUAUUAUGGCGACCUUUUCUCUUUCGUGAAGUGACAGUGGCUGAGACAGCUAGCUAGCUAAUAUUGUUUCAUUAACUAGCUAGCUAGCUGCUACUUUCGCGGAAGAGGGAACGGAAAAAGGGGAACUUUAAUGGGUAUUCUCUUGAUUUGUGUCACUAACGGUUCGGCUGUUUUUUGAUUUUUAACCAAAGCGAAACGUACAACUAUUGCCUUUGUCGGCGUCAAAAACACAGCGAUGGUAAUGCAACAAAGUUGGUUCAUGCCAGUCGCAGCCUGUCUGUGAACCAUCAGGUUGCGCUUCAGCUUGUGCUGUCUCUUCAGUGUCCGAGCUAUUAACGUUAGGUCAUAUUCACAGUUUAUAGGCUUUCGUUACCUUUUCGAUACGGUGUAGGAUUAAUUUAUUGUUUAAUUAUAUAUAUAUAUAUAUAUAUACACGUUACCUCUUUUUUGUUGCUUCGAGUCUAUUUAUUUCACAACAGACAUGUCGUCGGCGCGGUUCGAUUCAUCGGACCGAAACAGUUGGUAUUUCGGGUCUCUUUCAAGGCAGGAGACGCAGAGUAGGUUACAGGGACAAAGACAUGGCAUGUUUUUGGUUCGCGAUUCGUCCACCUGUCCUGGUGACUACGUGCUGUCGGUGUCCGAGAAUUCCAAAGUCUCCCACUAUAUCAUCAACUCUUUGCCUAGCAAGAGGUUCAAGAUAGGCGACCAAGAAUUUGAACAUCUGCCCGCGCUUUUGGAGUUCUACAAAAUACAUUACCUGGACACAACUACCUUGAUAGAGCCUGCACCAAGGUACCCCAGCACAGGUCCUAUACAGACAAUCGGUGGACCUGGAGAUGAGAAUUCGGAGUAUGUGCGGACUCUUUAUGACUUCACUGGCAGUGAUGCAGAGGACCUUCCUUUCAAGAAGGGUGAGAUCCUGAUUAUCCUGGACAAGCCUGAGGAGCAGUGGUGGAGUGCCAAGAACAGGGAAGGGCGUGUUGGUAUGAUCCCUGUACCCUAUGUUGAAAAGCUGGUAAGGCCAUCGCCCCAUCCUGGGCAGCCAGGCCAUGGUGCCCGCAACUCUAACAGCUACGGUAUCCCCGAGCCUGCACAUGCCUAUGCUCAGCCUCAAACACCAUCUCCUUUACCCUCUGGUACACCUGGUGCUGUCAUCAACCCACUGCCCUCCAUGCAGAAUGGGCCCAUUAUGGCCAGAGCCAUCCAGAAACGAGUGCCCUGUGCUUAUGACAAGACCGCCUUAGCACUAGAGGUGGGCGACAUUGUGAAAGUGACACGGAUGAACAUCAGUGGUCAGUGGGAAGGCGAAGUAAAUGGCCGGAGAGGCUUGUUCCCAUUCACCCAUGUGAAAAUAUUGGAUUCCCAAAACCCAGAUGAGAGUGAAUGACCUGGGUCUUGUUCUGUCGGCGCUCUCUCAACCUGCUGACUGCCCCACGUCGUCAUCAUCUGAAUCGCGCUUGCCUGCUUGAGGCUCUGCCACAGCGUGUCUCUCGAGCAUACCAUUUGCGCGGCUUUUGACUGUUUACAGCUCCAAACUCAAACAGUUCUUAAUCUCUUUCCCUGGUUACAGGCGAAUCAGUAUUUUUGUCUGCCCUAAAUGUCCUGUUAGUCCCAUGCCGUCGGCCAUCUGUCCCUGUGCCAAGGUGAGAUGUGAGUGCUGUGGCUCACUCUGUGACGCCUAGUCUUUCUUGCCUUUUAUUGAAAAGCUAGCUUUGACUGUUUGCAAGCCAAACAUAUUUGAGAGAAUACAUUUUGUUAAAAAAGAAAGGGAAUAGAAAUUCUUCAAAGUGAGAAGCAGACGAGUAAACCUUCUGGAGUACACGAGCUUUUGCCAGCCCUUAACUUGUGUGGUCCAAUUUACACACCCUUCCCCUCUGUAAAGCUGAACGCUUGUGAGACUGACUGGUCCCUGCUGCAGAGAGUAACAGGUUUAUGAACAGCUCUGAGCGGUGAGAGGUGUGAGUCUUGCAGUGACGGGUUCCUUUGAGUGAAAUAUUAAUUCUUUUUCAUUCACCUUUGUGUGUCAAGCAGUCUAGUUGCAGACUUUCAGUGCUCCUUUGUUUCCUGACAAGUAGAGUAUGUGGAACUAGUCUACAGUUGUAGCCUUUUCAUUUGUGCCAUAAUAACACAAGAUAUGUAAAUAUCAGGUGUAGUGUAAUGUAAUGGUUGUGGCUUGGAGGCUUUAACUUUAGAAUGGUGAAGGGCUUAGCUGAGAGUCUAGUCACGAUAACUCGGUGACAUGAGAGUAGGUUUGGAAUAUUAUGAUGAAAUCGCCACCUAAUCUAUGCCUUUCAUGCAAGCAGGAACAUUCGCACAAGCAAUCAUGAGGUAGUAUAUGCACCCUUUGAGAAUUGGGUUUUGUGUUGGCUUUCUGCCUUGCCUUUUUGCCCCCACUGUUUUCCCCACUGUCAGAAGAAUUUAAUAUCACCUGCUUUGUCAUCAGCUGAUAUUGCACAUCAGCAGUUCUCUGCUAAACAAUAGUCAACAUACAGUAUGUAAUUUUCUCAUUUGUAAAAUUUUUAAUUUAGUGUAGUAACAACAGCAUUCAGCCCUGGAUUUUGUUCUUUUUAAGCAAGCCGUUGAAUCGAGCAUUUACUGUGUGUUUGAAAUAAACUGUUGUAAAAUCUUUAACCGAAGGUGAUUUUCUAAAAAGGGAUAAAAUGCCUGCUGGUGGCCUCUGUGCAUGACCUCCUGGCCAAGAGGUUUCUUCCCUCUUAGGUCUAAUGCUGCUUUGUGUCAUCUUGUUUUCUUCUCAGUGUUGAACUUAUUUUCCAAUUGCAUCAGUGAAAUAAACCUAUUCAUAGUUUCUCUCUCCUGGCGUCAGUUUUAGGCUAAUCGUUAUCAAGCAAUACCCCAGUUUUUUCAAGAAUGCUCAAAUAAUUUAAGUUUUCAAAAUGUUUCCUUUUUUAAUGACAUUAACAGUAUUACUGUGCCAUUGUUUUUCAUUAAGUAUCCACAUGGUCUCAUUAGUUGAAAAUGGAAACUUGUGCCUUUUUAUUUUCUUAUACCAUUUACAUGUUAAUAUUUCCCAUGGUUAACACCCUUGCUGGUAUGACCCAUCAUGUACAGAGCGAGUAAAUAAAAUUUACGUUUACUUCUCUUAA